GAAAUAGCUGUGCAUCGCUUGAAUGGCUAUCAGACACAUUGGCGAUGGCAACGUUUGCCGGUGCAUUUGCGGCGAUUUCCCACAGGAGAAUACCACCAUCCUGGUUCCAAGCAGCACUGGCUGUCAGGACUGCAACACUGCGCUUUGCCUUCAUCAAUUCCGCGGCUGCGUCAUUGCUCAAAAGCAUGGAGGCGCAGUGGCAGUGCAUUGCAUACACCGAACUGCCCUCAUGCCAAGGCUUGCGGUUGGAUUAUUGAUCGUGGUUGCGCUGGUGCUUGUCAUUGCGGCCUUGAACAAGGACAGGUGGGCAAUAGCUCGGCGAAUCUAUGAUGGGAUUGGCGAGAAGGAUGCAUGACAGCGAGCGCCGUUGUCUUGCGUGGAGGGCCGUGGCAAGAGCAAAGUGUUGAUCUCUUCAUCAUGGCACCCUGGGCAGAAAAAUGCUAGGCUGCUAGAAGAGCGGAGGAGGUUACUGAACUGUUGCUUUGGGUUCUGCAUGUUUGAUGGAGUUUGGGGUUGGCAUCAAAUGCCUCCUUGUUUGGUUCUGCCAGUUGAACAGCAUGUAGUUGCCCCUGUUGAUGAUUACUGCAGAAGGACUAACGGGUGCAACGGUUUGUGAGACAGAUUUUUGUUGCUUUCCUGCGACAGGCACAUUCCGCAGCGUUCAAGGUGUUGGUUCUUUUCCGUACAGAAUGG